AUCUAUCUAUCUUUAUUAUUAUGUUGUUUGGCUGAGGAAUGAAGGAUUGUGUGGUGGGCUGUGAGUGAGGAGGUGACGGAGGUGCCAUGCGUUCCCGAGCCUCGCUGCUGCUGGAGAGAGAAUACCUUCAGCUUCAAACCUCCCCGAUCAUCGGAAUGAUUGCGUCUCCUCAUGAGGACAACUUGCUGGAAUGGAUGGCCACCAUCCAGGGGCUGAAGGACACCCCGUGGGAAGGUGCUAAAUAUAAACUCUCGCUGAAAUUCACCGAUGAUUACAACUCUGUUCCCCCCACUGUCACCUUCCAUACCAUCCCUUUUCAUCCCAACGUGGAUAAAGCCACGGGCAGACCCUGUAUCGGGUUCCUCGAUGAGCCCCGACUAUGGAAGCAAAGCCUGACGGUCAGCAGUAUCCUGCUCGGCAUCCAGGUGCUGCUGUCUAACCCGGUGCUGGAGAGAGCCGUCAACACAGACGCCGCGGAGAUCCUAAGGUUUGACCCAUCUCGUUACUGGGAGAUCGUUCGCGAUUGUGUGCGGAUUAGCCACGGGCCCAGGCCAGAUGUGUGUUCUUCCACUGUGGCUAACGUGUGCUGCACCCCACUGCCGCAACCCCCCCCGACGAUGGACGUAAAGAGCAGGAUUAAGAAGGUGCCGUUUGAUGACUAUCUGAGGACCUGGACUGAAAUCGCCACCUCCAGAGCCUGUCCCAGCUCCAAGAAUUCACUGUUGGAGUCGCUGCAGUUCUAUCCCAGUUUACAGAGGAUGCAUUACAGACUGCCGCGGGAGAUCCUAGAGCAGGCGAUCGAGGAACAGAAUGAGGAGUUCAGCGCCAUCAUGUUCGGGAGGUUCGGGGAGCUGAGGAGAGCCAGCCCCACUGUGGAUGAGAAAUUGGCUCGGAUCAGCCGCAUGAAACACAUCUACAUCCAGGAAAGCCCCGUGCAAUGGAGCCCGGUGCCCACACAGGUAUCAGUCCGGUCAGAAGCGAGCCGGGAGGAUGAGGCCGAGGAGUGGGAGAGGGAGGUGGACGGUUUGGUGGCCUGGACUUCAAAGCUGGACUCCACUGAGCUGGAAAAUAGCUGAGCACCAACAUCGGACUCUGCGGAAACUUCCGAAGGAAAGGAGAACCAGCAGCGGCUGUGAGGCCCUGUCCACUCCCGGGAUUUUAACCAUGACAUUCC